AUGUCGCCUUCAAUCGCCGUGGAAUCACCCCUUUCGUCUCCGUCCGUGGACAAAGUCACAACAUCCAUUAAGAAUGCUCUACCUUCUGGCCUAAUCAAGGAGCCAUUAAAGUACUCAGGAUCUCUCAACGAGUACCAAAGUCUUGAUGUCACCCCUGUUAUUGGCAGAGAGUUUCCUACCCUGGAACUAACAGAUAUUCUCGAUGACGACCGCAAACUUCGUGACCUGGCUAUCCUUGUAUCCCAACGCGGGGUAUUGUUCUUUCGCAACCAGAAUAUCAACUCCGAUCAACAAAAGGCUCUUGGCCAGAGACUGGGAGAGUUAACUGGAAAGCCAGAAACGUCCAAACUGCAUAGACAUGCUGUUAACAAUAGCAAGAGAAGCAUUUCAGUGGAUGAGCACGGCAAACUCGAUGACGAGAUUUCCGUCAUUUCUUCCGAGGUUAAUCGCAAAUAUUAUGGCGACAGAUUUCUGGAUAACUCGAAGCACCUGGCCAGCACAGGCUGGCAUGCAGAUAUUACUUUUGAGAGAGUACCUUCAGAUUAUGCUAUUUUGAAAAUAACUCAUACACCGGAAGAUCAGACCGGCGGGGACACUCUCUGGGCGUCGGGAUAUGAAGUCUAUGAUCGACUAUCGCCUGCCAUUCAGAAGCUUGCAGAUGGCCUAACAGCAGUCCACUAUCAGCCCGUGUUCAACAAUAUCGCAAAGGAGCAUGGCAUUGAGCUUAUUGACGGUGAUCGUGGAGCCCCGGAGAAUGUAGGCUUUGAUUUCAAAGCUUCUCACCCUCUCGUGCGGACGAACCCUGUCACUGGUUGGAAAAGUCUCUUCGGGGCUGCGGGCCAAGUUGACAAUGGCUGGAUUGAGGGUGUUACAAAACGAGAAAGCGAGAUCUUGAAACAGUACUUUCGCCAGCUCAUCUCUGAAAAUCAUGAUUUGCAAGCGCGUUUCAAAUGGGGGACUAAUGAUCUAGCUAUUUGGGACAAUCGCUCCGUCUUUCACACGGCAACAAAUGACUACGAAGGAAAACGCCAGGGCAACAGAGUUGUCUCUCUGGGAGAAAUUCCAUACUACGACCCGGCCUCCAAGUCUCGACGUGAGGCAUUAGCUGCAUUGGCUUAA